GCCGUGCGUUCGCUGCCGGCGCUGAGCCGCCGGCUCUGGGGCCAGCACUCCGCCCCCUCCGUCUCCGGCACCUUCCAUGGCCAAGCGGUGCGCGGAGUCUUUAGUGUGUCACAUGCCCGUCAAACGGCUACUGCGCGAGCCGCCGCCGCACCCCCGCGGGGCCGUGCCCGAGCGGCGGUCGCGGGGCGAAGUGGCGGGCGCCGACCCCGUCGCUCCGAAGCGGAAGCUAGAGGCGGCGGACGUGGAGGCGCCGCAGGACAAGCGACCCAGGCUGCGGGGGAGCAGCCCCCGCGGGGAACAGGGGGACGCGGGGGACAGGCGGCGGCGGCGCGGCAGGUCCGGGCCGCCGCAGGACGAGAGGACGGCAGAGGGACGCGACGGUGGCCGGGGCAAAGACUGGGCCGCCGCCGCUGGCGAGUUCCCCAAAUCUUGGAUUGAAGGGAUCUUCAGUAAAAGAGAAUGUACACACAUCAUUCCCUGUUCAAAGGAUCCUCACAGGUGUGCUGCAGGAUGCCAGGUGUGCCAGAAUUUAGUUAGAUGCUGCUGUGGACGGCUGAUUGGAGAUCACCCAGGAGUAGACUGGCCUGUUUAUCAGGCUUCCCCACAGAUAGAUGGUGGAGAAUGGUCUGUGCAGAAACACACAAAAACAAGUCCAACGAACGCGUAUGGUACCAUCAAUUUUCAAGAUGGAGAUCACACUUACCAUGCCAAGUAUAUUAGACUCUCUUAUGAUAGCGAUUUGGAUCAGCUGUUGCAUCUGAUGGUUAAAGAAUGGCAGAUGGAGUUGCCAAAGCUAGUCAUCUCUGUUCAUGGAGGCAUUCAAAAUUUCAAGCUUCCCUCUAAGAUCAAACAGGUUUUCAGCAAAGGAUUGGUGAAGGCAGCUGAGACUACAGGAGCAUGGAUACUUACCGAAGGCAUCAACAGCGGAGUGUCCAGGCAUGUGGGGGAUGCACUGAAAGGCCGUGCCUCACCACAUCUGAGAAAGAUCUGUGCUGUUGGGAUUCCUCCAUGGGGUAUCAUUGAGAACCAGAAGGAUCUUGUUGGAAAAGAUGUAGUUUGCCUGUACCAGACUCUUGGUAAUCCACUCAGCAAGCUAAGUGCCCUCAACAGCAUGCACACUCAUUUUCUGCUGGCAGAUGAUGGGACAGUCGGCAAGUAUGGUAAUGAGAUGGUGCUCAGGAAGAAUUUGGAGAAGCACAUAUCACUUCAAAAAAUACACACAAGAAUGGGCCAAGGUGUACCUGUAGUUGGUUUGGUGGUAGAAGGAGGACCCGGUGUGAUCCUAAUGGUGUGGGAGUAUGUGAGGUCCAGCCCAGCUGUCCCUGUGGUGGUCUAUGAGGGCACUGGCAGAGCUGCAGAUGUCUUGGCUUUUACGCAUAAACACACAGAUGAUACAGGGGAGCUAUACCCUCAAGUGAAGGAGGAGGUCUUAGUGAUGAUUCAAACCAUAUUUAGCUUGGGACAGAAACAGUCCAGUCAUCUAUUUCACAUUUUGAUGGAAUGCAUGGAGCACAGAGAGUCCAUAACCAUAUUUGAUGCGGAGUCAGAAGACCACCAGGAUGUUGAUUUGGCAAUUCUGAUAGCACUCUUGAAAGGUACAAAUAUGUCUGCUUCAGAUCAGCUAGAUCUGGCAUUGGCCUGGAACCAGCUAGAUAUUGCCAAGAAACACAUACUGGUGUAUGGACAACACUGGAAGGUUGGUGCCUUGGAACAGGCAAUGCUGGAUGCCUUAGUGAUGGACCGUGUGGAUUUUGUGAAACUGUUAAUAGAGCAUGGAGUGAACAUGCACCGUUUUCUUACCAUAUCCCGUUUGGAAGAACUCUACAAUACAAAACAAGGACCAUCAAAUUUACUUCUGCAUCACCUAGUUCGAGAUGUGAAACAGAAUACCCUUUCCUUGGAUUACAAGAUAUCACUGAUUGACGUUGGGCUAGUGAUAGAGUACCUCUUUGGUGGAGCUUAUCGGAGCAGCUACACAAGGAAGCAUUUCCGAGUUCUCUACAAUGAUCUCUACAGAAAACACAAGAGAGUGCUCUCCAGCUUUUCUCAGAGCCUAUCUCAUUCCUUCCAUCAGAGUACUCAGACGAGUAGUAAAAUGGGAUCUGCUGAAAGUACUUUGCAUUCUCAGUUCUUCAGAACAGCACAGCCUUACAAAUACAAGGAAAGAUCCACUACUUUCCAUAAGUCCAAGAAGAAAUCAAAAGAGGAUAUAAGCUUUGCAGAGAACUCUGAGUCAUCUGGCUUUACCUACCCCUAUAAUGACCUCCUGGUUUGGGCAGUAUUAAUGAAAAGGCAGAAGAUGGCAAUGUUCUUCUGGCAACAUGGAGAAGAAGCCAUGGUUAAAGCUGUUGUGGCUUGUAAACUCUACAGAGCGAUGGCACAUGAAGCUAAGCAGAGCAACAUGGUGGAUGACACUUCAGAAGAACUCAAGAAGUACUCAAAGGAAUUUGGGCAGCUUGCCUUAGAUCUGCUGGAAAAAGCAUUCAAACAAAAUGAGCAGAUGGCCAUGAAGUUGCUGACCUAUGAACUGAAAAACUGGAGCAACUCAACUUGCUUAAAACUAGCAGUGUCUGUGGGGCUGCGGCCUUUUGUAUCCCAUACUUGCACGCAGAUGCUGCUGACCGAUAUGUGGAUGGGGCGCCUGAAGAUGCGGAAGAACUCCUGGUUUAAGGUCAUUAUGAGUAUUCUCCUGCCUCCUACCAUCUUAAUGCUGGAGUUUAAAAGCAAGGCAGAAAUGUCUCAUGUACCUCAGUUUCAAGACUUUCAUCAGUUCACAUGGUAUCAUGGGGAUCAGAGUCCAACGAGCUGUAAAGAUGCUCUGAAGGACUAUGAUGUGGAGAAGGUUGCUCAGACGUCUGAUGAAAACCAAGUAGAUGGUGGACAAAGAAACCUACCUGGCACUAGAAAAAUCUAUGAGUUCUACAAUGCACCAAUUGUCAAGUUCUGGUUUCACACGAUGGCAUACAUGGCGUUUCUCAUGUUCUUCACUUACACUGUGUUAGUGAAGAUGGAACCAAGGCCAAGUGUGCAAGAGUGGCUUGUUAUCAUUUAUAUUUUCAGCACUGCUAUUGAAAAGAUCCGUGAGGUAUUUAUCUCAGAACCUGGAAAAUUCCACCAAAAAGUGAAGGUGUGGAUUUCUGAAUACUGGAAUUUUACAGAUUCAAUAGCUAUCAUCCUGUUUAUGAUUGGAUUUGGCUUGCGCUGGUCCAGCCCUCCUGUUCGAACUGCAGGGAGGCUACUUUACUGCUUGGAUAUAAUAUUUUGGUAUACUCGACUCCUUGAUCUGUUUGCUGUGAAUCAGCAUGCUGGCCCUUACCUCACAAUGAUUGGGAAAAUGACAGCAAACAUGUUCUAUAUUGUGAUCAUGAUGGCCAUAGUUCUGUUAAGUUUUGGAGUGUCACGAAAGGCAAUCCUUUCACCAGAGGAGCCUCCUUCUUGGACUCUGGCACGAGAUAUUGUGUUUCAGCCCUACUGGAUGAUGUUUGGCGAGGUCUAUGCUGGGGAAAUAGAUGUUUGUGAAACCAAUGAAGACUGCCCUCCUGGCUCCUUCCUCACACCAUUCCUCCAAGCUGUCUACCUCUUUGUGCAAUACAUCAUCAUGGUCAACUUACUUAUUGCUUUCUUUAAUAAUGUUUAUUUUGAUUUGAAAUCCAUAUCAAACAAGCUCUGGAAGUACAACCGGUACCGCUAUAUUAUGACCUACCAUGAGAAGCCAUGGCUGCCUCCUCCUUUCAUCCUUCUGAGCCAUAUUGGACUCCUGAUAAACUGCAUCUUCCACGGCCGGCCCCCAGCUGAGCUGGAUCAAGAGGAAGGCGAUGUUGGACUAAAGCUGUACCUGAGUGAAGAGGAAUUAAAGAAACUCCAUGACUUUGAGGAACAGUGUGUGGAAAAAUAUUUUCAUGAGAAGAAUGAAAGCCUGAUUUCCAGUGACAGUGAAAGAAUCCGUCUGACAGCAGAAAGAGUGGAGGAGAUGUUUCUGCAAAUUAACGAAAUGCAUGAGAAGGUGUUUUAUAUCAAGGAGUCUUUACUCUCCCUGGACAGCCAGCUAGGACAUCUGCAAGACCUGUCUGCCUUGACAGUGGACAUUCUGAAAGUGCUUUCAGCUGUAGACACCUUGCAGGUGAAAGAAGCCUUACUGGCUGACAAAAAGCAUCCAACCUGUAGGAAGCUGCCCCAUAGCUGGAGCAAUGCACUCUAUUCCAAGACCUUGAUCAGCCUGGAGUGUUUGUAUGACAAGAAAUAUCACUAUUACAGCAUGCCACCCUCCCUUUUACGGAGCUUGGUAAGGAGUCAGUGGCCAUCAGAGUGCAAAGACCACGUAUUGAGGACAGACAGUAACAAGGUGGUUGAAGACAGCUCUCGAAAGAUGGAAAUAGAAAGUGACACACUCACUUCAGGAGUAUCCUCUGAGACAAAGUCAGCCCCUAGAUAUGGACAAUUUUUACUGGUGCCCCCUGACCAUCAGGGAGGGUCUUUCUCUGAGGAUGUCACCUUAAAUCUGUCAUUUUUGGGCACUCCUGCCAAGUACAGGGGUGAUGCAUUCAGAGAUAAACUACAAAGUAAUAUUGUGGUGCAGCAAAACUUGCAGAGUGUCAGCCUGUUUGGAAAAGAGACAGAAGAUUAUCAAUGGAGCCAGAGAGACCUUGGUACUCAUCUACCAUCAGAAAAGACUAAUGUUACUGAGGCUGGUCACCCUCUUGGUCUCCAGCCAUCACUGGAUGAGAGUGCAGCACCCUCCUGCAAUGAUAAGGAAGAAACUGGAGGUGGUUAUGUGAACUGGGGAUUCUCUGAAGGUGAUGAAAAAGGAGUUUUCAGCUCAGAAACAAAGACGGCUUCCCUGUUCGUACAUUCCACCUGGAAGGAUUGUAUGGCUUAUCCUCCCAGGCAUGUCCAGAUAAGAAAAUCAAAGUCCUUCUACAACUGUGACAGGUCACGUCACAGCAGCAUUGUCUCUGAGAACAAACUGAAACGCAGCACCUCCUGGAUGAGCCCACUCUGGAAGGACUGGAGUUUCUGCAGGAGCAACAGCUUACAGCCUCCUAAGAAAGAGAACAGAGGGAAAACCUGCAAGGCCAUAGGUGAGUCUUUACCAUCUUGUGGGCUAGACCACAGUGAGGCAACAAAAGCAAAACAACAAAACAGAGACAGAAAGUCUGGGAGUGGAAAGAAGAAUCAAAAACUCCUUCAGGUGCCGGUGAUUAGAGUGGAUGAUUGUCCCCAGAACACCCAAGUGAGCUCAGAGCCUGCAGAGAUCAAUAUCUGGAAUGAGCAAGAGAAACACAGCAAGAACUGGCUCACUGUAUCUAAUUUCAGUCAGCUAAGUUUGGAACAUCUCAGUUACAUGCACCAGAAAAUGAAAAGCCAAGACAUCCGAAGGCAUACCAUACCAUUUUGUGAUUACCUGAAUCAUUCUCGAGAGGAUUUGGAUAAUAGCAUAUUUGGAACCACCAACAAAAGUAAUCUGAACAGGAACUCCUCGUUGAGAACUUCAGAGGAAACUGACAAUAUCUUAGCCUGCCUGAAAACGUCUCAAGAUCUGCAUCAUCACUAUUCAGCUGUUGAAAGAAACAACUUAAUGAGACUUGCUCAGACCAUACCAUUUACACCAGUCCAGCUUUUUGCUGGAGAGGAAGUGACCGUCUAUAGGCUAGAAGAAAGUUCACCUAUGAACCUUGAUAAAAGCAUGUCCUCCUGGUCUCAGCAUGGUAUGGCUGCAAUGAUCCAAGUCUUGUCACAGGAGGAGAUGGAUGGAGGUCUGCGGAGGGCCAUGAAGGUCAUUUGUACUUGGUCUGAGAAUGAUGUAUUAAAGUUGGGACAAGUAUUCAUUGUGAAGUCUUUUCUGCCAGAGGUGGUUCAGACUUGGAAAAAGAUCUUUCAUGAUGGCACAGUGUUACAUCUCUGUCUGAGGGAAAUCCAACAGCAGAGGGCUGCUCAGAAGUUAAUCUAUACCUUCAAUCAAGUGAAACCUCAUACCAUUCCCUAUACUCCGAGGUUCUUGGAAGUUUUCCUCAUCUACUGUCAUUCAGCAAACCAGUGGCUAACCAUUGAGAAGUACAUGACUGGUGAGUUUCGGAAAUACAACAACAACAACGGAGAUGAGAUUACUCCUAGCAGCUUGCUGGAGGAGCUGAUGCUGGCCUUCUCUCACUGGACUUACGUGUAUACCCGUGGGGAGCUCCUUGUCCUGGAUUUGCAAGGUGUGGGAGAAAACCUUACAGAUCCAUCUGUGAUUAAACCUGAAGACAAAAAAUCUGGAAAGAUGGUAUUUGGACCAGCUAACCUAGGAGAAGAGGCAAUAAGAAACUUCAUCACAAAGCAUCGUUGCAACUCAUGCUGCAGGAGGCUGAAACUUCUGGAUUUGAGAAGAAGUGACUGCAUGCUAGGGAGGGUCAGUCCAGCCUUUGAAAUAGAAAUGGAGACAAGCACCGGAGAAGCUGAAGAUGCAGAUGAGCCUUUGGAGUAUGACACGCGGCUGUGAAGCAGUAGCUGCAAGCAGAGUGCACAUAUUUACCUGCUCAACAAUCUGCCCCUUAUCACUGCCAUGGGUAGGUCUAAAAGUAAAAACAAUGCAGAUGUCUGAGUGUAGCAUCUGUCUGCCCUUGAUAGACUCUAUAGGCAAGACAUAAAAAAAUUUAUGCUCCAUUUCCAUGCCCUUGUGCUGGUCUUUUUAAGUAUAGUUCAGCGAAUUGCUAGGAGUGGGUCACCCCUUACCCAGAUGAACUGUCCUGUCAGUGCCUUCUUUUUUUUUUUAAUUUCAUUUUUUUAAUUGAAAAAAAAAUUAAAAUGUGAGUUAUGGUUCAAAACUCUGUUCUCUUAGAUAGCUGACCGUGACAAGUAUAUUCAAAGGGAGAGUGAUUUCAUGUUUCUCUCUGUGAUCUUUAGCAAAAAACUGACUGUACACAUACAUACAAAUAAUUCAUUUUCAGAGGCAGAGUCCACUCAGAACCAUGCUCACUUUUCUCUGGACGUAGGAGGCUCUUCAGAAGAUUGCAGAAUUGUUACUUUCUCUUUAUUGAUGACUUUUAUGCAGAGAUAAAGCAAGAAUGUAUGAUUAAACAAUAGCAGGUAGAUAGAAAAUUUUGUGGUAACUUCACUUUGAAUUAUUUUCAUAUGCUAAGCAUAGGUUGAAGAAUGAAGAGCUAGAUUAUGGCACCCACAGGCAUCACUGACCUUUUUAAUUUUGAGUUGAUCAAAUUGAUAAAUUUAUAAUCUUUAAUACAAGCUUAAAGAAAAGCCUUGCACAUGAUUCAGCUUUCAACCAGGACCUGUCUAUGCUUGUAAUCUUUCAACUUCAGAAUGUUUUAAAGUUGUAGUUGCGAACAAAAAUUUUAAAAGUCACAAGGACAGUAUGUUCCAUUUGGUAUUUAACCUCUUUUUGUCAAUAUCAGUCUGUAUGUAGGACUUUAACAGUAGUUGUAGACGUUCACAAAGCACAAAAAGAAAUUAAGUGCAAUAUGGUUGUUGUGGAACAAAGAUUGAAAUGAAGUGAUCAGCAGAAAUACCUUUAAUACAACUAGUGUAGUGCCACAGAUCACAUUUAUCAUUAAAGAAACUUGAUACUUUUGUAUUUAGUAGAAAUACCUAAUGUGAAAAUGUUAAGUCAACAGAAAAUUUUCUACUUGAAAAAGAAACAAAAUUAUAUUUCCAACGCAGUUGAUAGUAAAUUUUAAUGUAUAAAGGGGAUAUUUAUUGUGAUCUAUCAUUCAUUUGGUAUAUUUAGAAUCUGUCUUUGUACAGAUAUGUUCCCAGUUUUUAUUGAUUAUGACUUUGAUGGAGUUGAAGUAAUCACCUAUUCUGUUUUCAUCUGAGAUGCCUCCUGAAGAGAUUUUUCUUGCUUUUUAUAUUUUAAAAAAUAGUUUUAUAAGAUAAUUUUAGUGGAAACCCCCCAAGUUUCUUGCUGUUUAGAUUAUAGUAUUCAUUAUGUAGAAAAACAUGUUUCUCUUUGGCUUUUUUGGAAGCAGUUCAAUGUAUUAGAGGGCUUAGCUUGUCUGUGAAAGAGAUUGUUUAAUUGCAUUUUUACUGGAUUUUGAUCCUUUUGCUGGUAAGGUAGUAGUUCUACUUCCAGUGAUUAAAAUUUUAAUCUUAAUAUUUUCCUUUAAGGAAGAUACGUGCUUACAUGCAUACAUAUGUACUUUAAAGAUAAAACCUUCUCAUAAGGAUCUCUUAUGGUUAGUAUACCUUUAAAUUCAGUUAAGUUAAACGACAUGUAAAUAUGUCUUUAAAGCUAAGGACAAUUUAACUCGUGCCCUGAUUUUUUUCCUCAAUCACUUUACAAAGUCUGAACACUUAUGUAUUAUAUACAAAAACUAACCUAUGCACCAGGCUAGGCCUGAGCACCUUUUGUUUCUUUUUAAGUUUUGGACAUAUGCACAUAUCAUACUUCAUAUGACCUUUCCUUGACAACCUUCCUGUUGCCUUCAAGAGCAAGUGGCUUCUGCAUUCAGAGCAAUAGUUGUGAGAAUAUACCUCAGUGUAGAUUCAACUUGUUCCUUCUUGUUGGUAUUUGUGAAAUUACGAAUACUUUCCCCUCAAACUGGGGAUACUUGCAAGAUGCUAAUCUUUGCUAGAAUAUAGUUGACAUAAACAUGUUUGAUGUUUAACUUUACUCAGUGUGAACUGCUAAUAUGAUGAAACAAGAAGAGGAAGAAUUUGAAAUUGCUUGGUUAUAUACUUGUAUCCUAGUAUUAAUUUUCCCAUGCAUGGAGAUGCUAAAUUGAUUCUUCUGGUUAAUUAUUUUUUGCCACACCACUGUUUUUGCAUUUUUUUGGGAGGGUUGAUUCACAUUUCACUAAACUGUAAAUUUGAGUAUUUGGUUACAAAUACAAAAUUCCUCAUAAUUCAGUAGAGUUAAAAUAAUUUGAAAGAGUUAUUUUAAUUUCCUUGGAAUCCUUGGAGUCUUUCUUACUACACAUUCUGUACAUUCUUUAAAUUGUCUUUUGGUGUCUAACUCCUGGUCUCAGAUUGAAGCCUUCACCCACUGAAAGUACGAAAAUACUGGGCAGCGUUUAACAGGAACAGCAGUAAAAACCAUGCUGAAACUAUGGUGCCUGUGGAAUGAAUGAUAUGAAGGACAGGGUUCUUUCUGUGGCUGCUUGACAACUAAUGAACGUGGAAGAAGAAAUCUUGCCUGUCAAACUGUAGGGUUUUCUGAUUAAUAGUUUCAGUGAUUGUUUUUGCUUAAAAGCACAUACAGGAAUUUAUUUUAUAGUCCUGAUGGGACCAGGAAAAAAAAAAAGGAGUCGUGCUUGUUUUGCUCAAAUAGGUCAGUCAAUAACAUUCUGAAAAAAAUUUGAAACCAAAGUAUUUAUAAACUCACAUUUUCAUAUGAGCUUAAAAGAAGCUUACUUAGGAAUUCAGUUGAGAUUACUCAAAGCAAAAUGUGUUUCUGGCAGCUUCUGCAUUGGAGAUGUAGUUUAAACAUAUGAAAAAUAUUCAGAAAUUGCAAACCUCAUUCUCAGGAAGGUGUUUUUUUCCAUUUCUUUUAUUCAUAGUUGUGGUGUAUCUGGGGAUAUUCAUUUAUUAUUAAUGUAAUAAAGACAGAAUGGAUAUGAUAUCUAUAUUUUCUAGAAAUUGAUUUGUAUUAUUGUGGUUUUGUCAAUCUAUUUCAUACUGUUUCAAAGGAAUAAAAGCAUGUUUUCAAAAUGUUUCUGUUCUUAACAGGUACAGAAUGAAAUAAUAUGUUUCAAAGUGACAAGGGAAACAGAUGAAAGUAA